CUGCAUGUCGCUGUCCGCAGUGCAUCGUCCUGCGAAUAGUGCUAGUGCUCUGCGAAUAGGCUCUGCCAACCGAGUCAACACCGCAGACCGCAGCGCAGCAGCCUAAACACCCACCUGUCAACAAGACAGCUGAAAAAUAAGCGACAAAAACUGUCUGCGUCGCUGUUUGUAUCUGAAGAUUCGUUUUCCUGAAUCGCCGCUUGCUGCUUUGACGAAAUUCCGACCCUGGCUUGCUGCUGCCUUGAUGGGGGCCUCCGCGUAAAGCAACAAAGUGCACCAAGCUGCUGCUGCUGCUGUUGGGUUAUGCUACCAUGUAGAUGAAUUUCCUGGCCAAGAAGCUGCAUUUCGCCCGUAGUUACACUCAAGUUUUACGAUGUGGGCGUUUUUUGUUUUCCUUGCUGUGGGAAGGGUCUCGUCAGCCUCUAUGUGGGAUACCAAGGCUGACCCUUUUCCUGGUGCAGGGGGUUCACCAGCCUCAAACACUGCACCAUUGCGUCGACGUCCAGCUGUAGGCUCCUUGAAUGCCGCUGACGUUGAUUUGACAUUCUCAUCAUCAUGGCCAGAUCCCAGUGUCAAAUUUGGACAAGUGGCUGCAGUUACAGUUGAUGGCCAUGGACAGGUUGUUGUUUUCCACCGCGGAAGUCAUGUGUGGGGUGGAGGAACCUUUGAUGGUUACGAUAACUAUCAAAGAAAAGAAGACGGUCCAGUGAAUGAAGAUACAGUUGUUGUACUGGACCCACAGUCAGGAAAGGUUCUUAAAAGUUGGGGAAAGGGACUAUUUUAUAUGCCUCACGGGUUAACAAUUGACCAUGAAGACAAUCUAUGGGUAACGGACGUCGCCCUUCAUCAAAUAUUUAAAUUCCCUUCACUGGCUGUUUUAAAUGAGAAAGUAACAGAACCAUUGAUUGUGAAAGGAGAGCGUUUUGUCAAUGGGAAAGAUGAUACCCAUUUCUGCAAACCUAGCGCAGUAGCUGUUUUAAGGAACGGUGAUUUCUUUGUGUCUGAUGGGUACUGUAAUUCACGUAUCAUUAAAUUCAAUAAGGAAGGUGUUAGGUUGAUGACUUUAGGUAGAAGUUCAUUUUCAGGUACCCAAGGACAUAAACCUGGGCCAUACCAAUUCAACAUUCCUCAUGCUUUGACUCUUGCCGAGGAUCGCAAUUUGGUUUGUGCUGCAGAUCGUGAAAAUGGACGAGCACUAUGUUUCUAUUCUCACAAUGGAACAUUUGUUUAUGAAAUAUCACAUGAUUUAUUUGGAUCUCGGCUUUUCAGUCUUGAUUAUACUCCAACUAAAGGUGGACUAUUCUACUUGGUAAAUGGUCCUGAAUUUGACAGCGCGGGAAAGGCCGUGCAGGGCUUUGUUGUCAAUGCAAAUGACUUGAGCCUUGUUUCUACAUUUCAAGCUGGAGAUUCCCAGCUGUCAAACCCCCAUGACAUUGCUGUGUCUCCUGAUGGUGAAAGUGUGUAUGUUGUUCAGUUAGACCCUCACCGGGUCCUGAAAUUUGUCCACAAAGGUUCUGAAAACUCAGAGAAGACAAUUUCAACAAUAAGUACCAAUCAAUCUGCUUCUCCUGGUCCUAACCAGCCAUCAACCUUAGCAAUCUCAUCACAACCCACUGCUAAAUCUAUUGAAGCCACAAAUUCAUCCUCUGUACUACCAGUGGGACUUAACCUCAUGGCCAAUUCUUCAUUUGCCAAAGCUAUGACUACUCCUCUAGUAGCAGUUACUUCACUGAUGGUCAUUCUAUUUUGUGUGACAGGAAGUGGAAUUGUAUGGUACAUGCGCACAAGACGAAGAGCGUACCCUUCAAUCCCAAAUGACGGAUUCAAUUUGGGGCAGUUGUUGGCCUCACAUAGUCGACGUGGAUUUGAACAAGUCAGUACGGAAGAAAGUGACGAUGAUCGAGCGGAAAGUGAUCAGCCUGCCUGAAAGAAGAUUUUUGCAUAUUCCAAUUAAAUGUACAUAUCAAAACUAUAAAAUAUUUAUUUUCUUCUUCCAUUUCAUGUUAAACUAUGCUGUGGUAAAUGCGUCAUGUACCAAUAAAAAUACAUUUCAGUCGA